AUGUGCGGUGUCGUCCUCGACCAAAAGCCACCCCUCAACCACAGGGUCGUCCCCCGCGACUGGCGCCGUCGUAGUGCAGAUGUCGGGGGCCUCCAGCUCGCAACAGAAGGCAUGGGCCAAGGUCAAGGAUGGAUGGGCGGCGACUCUGCGCAGGUCGAGACUAUCUACGCGGAAAUGCUCAGCGACAUGUACACCGAAACCCUCAACUCUGUCAACGACAACAGCCUCGACUCCGUCCCCGCCGACCUCCCAGACGCCGUCCGAUCCCGCCUCAUCCGCGCCCUCGAUCGGUGGCAUUUCGAGCCGCACAAGCUGCCCGACGAAGAGGUCCUUGCAUGCUCCCUUAUCCUCUUCGAAGCCCUCUUCCGCGUCGAGGGCAUGCGGGACGCCAUCCCCCUCUCCAUGCACCAAAUCUCCGCAUUCAUCCACCACCUAAGGCGCAUAUACCGCUACGAAAACACCUACCACAACUUCGAGCACGCCCUCGACGUCCUCCAGGCCUGCCAGUCCUACCUCAAGUCCGCAGGCAUGGUCCCAUCUCCCACGAUCCUCUUCGAACCAAACCGGCUCUGGAAACCCAAGAAGGCGUUCGAUAGCGGCUCCCUCGUCUCGUGUCUCGGGCUUAGGGAGCUUUUCAUGCUCUAUAUCGCCGCUAUUGGGCACGAUGUCGGCCAUCCAGGGUUCACAAAUAUGUUCAUGAAAAAUGCCAAGACGCCAUUAUCCCUCGUCUUCGAUCACAGUUCCGCACUCGAGCAGAUGCAUUGCCAGCUGCUCUUGCGAGUGAUGCGGCAUCAUGGAUUGGGUAUCCUCCUCGAUGACCCGAAAAACGGGAGCCAGUUCCGGAAGAUCCUCUGGCAGUCGGUGAUCGCGACGGAUAUGGGUGUCCAUGAGGACUUUAUGCAGCGGUUCAGGCGGGCGAUCGAGGGCGAGGCGUCGUCGCUGUGCGCACGGCAGAUCAUCAUCUGCCAGGCGCUGUUGAAGAAUGCGGAUAUCAGCAACCCGACCCGCCCGUUCCUCGUCUCCAAGCACUGGGCGAACGCCCUCAUGCAAGAAUGGACCGCCCAGGCGCACCUCGAAGAGGAGUUCCAGCUCCAGCCCUCCGUCAUGUCCUCCGACGACCCCAUCAAGGAGACCGAGUCGCAGAUAUUCUUCAUCACCCGGUUCGCCAAGCCCCUGCUCGACCUCACCGUCAGAGCAGUGCCCGAGAUGUCGAUGCACCUCACGCAUUGUAAGAACAACCUGCAGACGUGGGGCAGGCGCAAGGCGGAGCUCGUCAAUGCGCGCCAGGCGGAGGAGAAGGCCAAACAUUCCUCCUCGAUGCGAACGUCUCCACCACUGCCUCCACCCCCACCCUCAACGGCGUCGACGUGCUACUCGAUAUCUCCCCCGCCGACGUCGCCGAGACAGUCCGACUGCUACCUGACGGUCUUCCCCUUGACCCUGCCCACCUUCAAGAGCAUGCCGCAGCCGCCCUACACCCCCGCCGCCUCCGUCCGGUCCGACCAAGAGUCGCUCUCCAUCCCCGACUCGCCGUCCGAGUCCGAGUCUACCUUCCCGUUCUCCCCCAUCUCCUCGUCAUCGUCUAGUAAGUCGUCCUCUGCCGGGUCGGGGUCGGGCGCGGGCGAGGGGCGAGGCCUCCCACCAAGACAAAGGAACGAGUCGACGGUGUCCGUUGCGUCGUCAUCGUACCACUCUGCUACCUCCUCGCACUACACAACCUCCUCCCACCACACGACGUCCACCACCACCAGUGCGGCGCACGCGGCGAUCAGAGCAGCGAGCCGCCUGGGCAGCAUGCGCAAGAAGAGCCAGAAGCUCGGCCCGAACGUGCUCGCUGGUGCGAGCGUGAGCGCCGCGAACAAUGACCCGUCGCUGCUUGCCUCGAUGCCGACGUUGGCGGGAGCCGGAGCGCAGGAUGGGUUCUUGCAUGUCCUAAAUAGGAAAGCGUCGCGCAACUCGUGGGGCGGGAGUGCGGGCACGCUGAGCGGGCUCGCGGCGCUGUUCAACAACAGCAACAACCAGUUGUCCCCCGUACCCUCGGCUGCAACAUCGCCGGCGAUGGGACAUGUGGCGAUACCGGCGGCGCUCGCGCAGACGGUCGUGCCGACUCCGGGGGGUGGAGAGGGGUGGAACCAGCCUCAGGAGCCUCCUUCUCUGUCUCGACCUCAAUUCCAACAGCCUCAGUUCCAGCAACCUCAACCUCAACAUCAAUCCCAACCUCAAUGCCCGACCUCGUCCCCGCCCCCGCCCCAUCACCCGCCAGCAUCAAGGUCGAGCUCGGGGUCGACCGUCAGCUCGAGUGCAACUGCCACUGCCGCUUCCUCUAGAAGCUUGCGGUCGCCCUUAAGGUCACCUUCGGGUUUGGGAUCACCUUUGGGUGAUAACGACAAGGGCAAUAAUAUUACUAAGGGCGAUAGGGCUCCCGAUAAGGGCACGAAGACCGCCAGCCCGCCUCAACCCCCGCUCUCGCCGACGUCGGGGUCGUUCAUACUCUCAAGGUCAUCAAUCAAGCUGCAGGUGUCGCCAUAG